CUCGCAUGUUAUUCCUUUCGGUACAUACUGCAGGCUUUUCUUUUUUGCUUAGACAUUCGUUGGAUCUCGGACGCUGGACGUCCCCACACAUUCGGCUUGACGCCCACUCAUAAUACCUAUUCGACACCUCGAUUUCAGCAAGGUUCGACAUCAUGCUGGUUUCCAUCCCUCUUGCUCUCUUGGCUCUCAGCUCUGUAUUACCAUCCUCCGAAGCUAGAUCCUGGGGAUCUCUCGCUUGGGGACGCGCCAGGGAGCAUGCGCGUUUGAUCGAAGAACGAAAGUUGCCCAUCACAGCAACGACUACCAUCACGGUACAUGCUACUCGGACGAAUACAGUAUGGGUAGCGGCGACUGGUACGACAUACCCAUCGUCGUCGAUGGUCGAUCCGGGCCGGAAUGAGACUGUUAUUAGCACUGCGUCUAGCUCACAAGCUACCGCAACCGAGACGAUCUGGACCAGUUCCGUGGAAGCCAUCCCCACUUCGCCCUCUGGCAGUAUCCCGGGAAACAACGGGAUCAUGACCUUGUCUUCCUCGCAAGUCACCUCAACGACCGAGUCAUUCUGGUCGAGUUCGACAGCGGACCCCUCUGCCUCGCAAUCCUCUACAGAAGAACUCCCUAGCUCGACCACUGAGACGACUGGAUCGGUCUCGUCGACGAGUCUGACUAGUUCUGGCACAGUCUCCGCAGUCUAUCCUACUUCAACCCUUUCCGAGGCGUCUCCCACCUCUUCCGCUUGGUCAAUCGCGUCUGAAACCAUCUCGAGCUGGAUCUCGGAUAGUUCAGCUUCGGAACCGACCAAGGCCUUAACUCAAGCGGUCUCGACCUCGGAAGCCUCAGAAAUUGCCACUGCGGAGACAUUCACUGCCUCGGCUACCAGCGCAGCUUCGGCAAUGGCGAGCUCGGCGUCGACUCGGGCUUCGUCUCAAUCGGUUACCAUGUCAGAAUCUUCAAAGACCGACAUUUCUGCACCGACCGCUGUUUCGAGCACGGCCGCUGUCUCUGAAACCAGCUCUGAUUCCGUCUCGCAAACUCAAGAGGGAAGUAGCGAGACGGAACCUACCGCUACGGCCAGCGCCUCCACCGUAGCUGCUACCGAGGGCACCUCGUCCGCUUCGUCCUUCUCGUCGAUUCAGACUUCUGCUACAGGACCAGCCAGCGUGUCCGGACCUGCUUCGAGCGCAACCUCGGACCUCAGCGGUGUCGAAUCCGCGUCCCAGACCACCUGGGCGACUUCCUCUUCAGCGCUUCCCACCACCACGGCUUACGUUCCACCUUGGAACGUCCCUGGGAAUAUACCUAGCUACCCUCCUCGUCCUAGCGCUUCUAAUUCAGGCUCAAACGUCACCUCGACGGUCUCUUCAAUACAAUCCCCAUCCGCAACGCCGUAUGUCCCCCCUUGGAACGCUCCAGGAAAUAUCCCCAGCUAUCCGCCUCGGCCCAGCGCUUCUGAGACUAGGUCGAACGCCACUUCGGUAGUCUCAUCGAAUGCGUCUCCGUCCGUGACGCCUUAUGUUCCCCCCUGGAAUGCUCCUGGAAAUAUCCCAAGCUACCCGACUGUGGUCAGCGCGACUCUCUCCGCCAACGUCUCUCAGCCUUCUUCAAUCGAUACCUCGGCUGUCUCUUCGGCCUUAGAGACCACAACGCAGACUCAGGCGCUCGAAAGCACCUCUGUGGUCACUUCCAGCAGUACGGCUCAAGCCAGCAAGACUUAUGUGCCGGGUUGGCAACCUCCCGCAUCCAUCCCCGGCUAUCCAUCUCGCUCGUCCUCCAAUGUAGAAAGCACGUCGUCUACGGCAAGCGCAAGUGUUUCCGCAACCUCGUCGGAAUCGACGUCUUCGGCAUCAUCAUCGAUUCUACCGACCUCGAGCGAGUUCAGUUCAACAACCCAGAGCGCUUCAAUGACAUCUUCCGGCUGGUGGUCUAGCUGGUGGUCGCAGUCCUCGUCCACUCAGGUGUUUACUUCGGCUAGCGAGACGGCUUCCCUUUCCGAAUCUACCACUUUCGAAUCUACGAUCGCCUCAAGUCCUACCACCACCGCAACUUCGGAAGCGUACAGCACUACCAGCAUUACCAGCGCGAGUGCGAGUGCGACCGAGACGAGCGCAUCGAGCACGUCAACGCCGGUCCCCACGCAAAGUUCGACACUCAGCACGGCCAUCUUGCCCGAACGUAUGACCUCCGGGUAUUACCCCGACUGGUCCGUCUGGACCUUCCCCGUGAGCCAGAUCGACUGGAGCAAGCUCGACCUCGUCGAGUUCGCUUUCGCCAUCCCCAACUCGAACUACGACCUCGAGUUUACGCAGUAUAAUUCCCUGGACACGUUAUCCGAGCUGGUCGCUGCGGGUCAUGCUGCUGGGAAAAAGGUCAGCUUGAGUAUAGGAGGAUGGACGGGGAGCGUCUAUUUCUCCCCUGCUGUCAGUUCCCCGUCGAAUCGAGAGCUUUUCGCUCAAAACAUCGCCAAGGUCUACAACCAGUAUAAUUUGGACGGGAUCAAUAUCGAUAACGAGUAUUGGGGUGUGCAGGGAGCGGCGGGGAACAUCUUCGCCCCAGAAGAUUCCGCCAACUUUUUACUCUUCCUGCAAGUGCUCCGACAGACGCUUCCCCCCGAGGCCAUCAUCUCCGCCGCGACUCAAGUCUGGCCGUUUGCCAGCUCGACCGGUAGUCCGCUUACCGACGUCUCCGACUUUGCCCGUUACCUGGACCACAUCACGAUCAUGAACUACGACGUCUUCUCAUCAGGAGAUCCCGGUCCCAACGCGCCCCUCUCGGACGGGUGCGGGACGUCUAGUAUGCCACUCGCCAAUGCCUACGCGGCGAUCGCGAGUUGGACCCAAGCGGGGAUGCCAGCAAACCAGAUCAUGCUCGGUAUCGCCGCCUACGGGUACCUUUACAAGUCCUCAGCGUCUAGGCUUCGAACGCGACGUCGAGGCUUGGAACCUCGAGCCAGCGUGACCGUCUACAACCCUAACGGCCAGACCGACGGCGGACAAGUCAACUUCGCUUCGCUGAUCUCACAAGGCGCUCUAGCGCAGGACUCCGACGGCAAAUGGGUCGGAGCUGGCGGAUUCACUCGGGAAUGGGACAACUGCUCUAGCACCCCCUGGUUGAAAUCGUGGGAGAGCGGGCAGAUCAUCUCGUACGACGACCCCGAUUCCAUCUCGUUGAAGGCGCAGUUCAGUCGACAGGCUGGAUUGAGGGGGGCUUCUGUUUGGGAGAUUACGGGCGAUAUGGGACCUGCCGAUUGGUCGAUCUUGAGCGCCGCGAGGUCGGGCUUGGAGAUCUAAGGAAGACGGGCUGGUCCCGCUCCUUGCGCAUGAUCUCCCGAUCUUUCGUAGGUUAUCUUGUAACUCUAUAGGACUGAAUGCUUUUCUAUAAUCAUACCACGCACGCAA